GCCCAACUCGCUAGGGUUUCGAUCUCCCCGCCGCCCGCCAUGGACGCCUCCUCCCUCGCGGGCUCCUCCUCCUCCGACGCGCCCACCUCCGGGGAGCACCGGAUGGGCACCACCAUCGUCGGCGUCUGCUACGACGGCGGCGUCGUCCUCGCCGCCGACUCCAGGACCAGCACAGGAAUGUAUGUGGCAAACCGUGCUUCGGACAAGAUUAGCCAGCUCACUGAUAAUGUUUAUGUCUGCCGCUCUGGAUCUGCUGCUGAUACGCAAGUUAUUUCGGAUUAUGUGCGUUAUUUUCUCCACCAACACAUUAUUCAGUCUGGGCAGCCAGCUACUGUGAAAGUUGCGUCCAACUUAGUUAGGUUGCUGGCCUAUCAGAACAAGAGCAUGUUGCAAGCUGGAAUGAUAGUUGGUGGAUGGGAUAAAUACGAGGGAGGCCAAAUCUACUCAGUCCCUCUUGGUGGAACGAUUCUUAGACAACCAUUUGCAAUUGGAGGAUCUGGUUCCAGUUACCUGUAUGGAUUGAUGGAUCAUGAAUGGAGAGAUGGGAUGACGCAGGAAGAAGCUGAGAAAUUUGUGGUGAAGGUGGUUUCCCUUGCUAUUGCACGUGAUGGUGCUAGUGGAGGGGUUGUACGCACCGUGACUAUAAAUGCUGACGGUGUUAAGAGGAGCUUCUACCCUGGUAACAAACUGCCACUGUGGCAUGAAGAGCUGGAGCCACAAAACUCUCUGCUUGACAUCCUUGCUGCUGGUAGCCCUGACGCGAUGGUCCACUGAAUUUAAUGUGCAGACUUCCUUUGUCAUCUUCCUACUGUACCUGACAUGUUCUAGAUUUGAGCUGAAUACUUGGAAGAGAUUAUGUGGAAGUAUGCCACGCCAACUUGUUUUCCUCCGUAUUAUUACAAACUUGAUAUUACAUUCCUUCAUC